AUGGUGCAGCGUCCCGCCCGCAGCCGCAGCGGCGCGGCGCCCCGGCCCGCGUCGGGGGCGCGCGGGCGAGGGCGGCGGCGCGCGCGCGCCCCGUUGGCCCGCGCGCCCGUCACUCAGACGCCGGGACGGCCAAUCCGCGCCUCGGACGCCGCGGGGGCGGGGCCGGAGCCCCGGCGGAGCCGCGCACCUGCACCCCGCGCCGCCCGAGCCCCUCCGGGCGCCACGGCGGGCGCGGGCCCGCGGCUCCGGGACGCGGCCGCCGGCGGGGGCGGGAGCACGCGGCGGGCGGCCCUGGAUGGCGGGCCUGGGGGACCGGGCGCGCGAGCUCUGCCGCCUCGGGGCCGCGCGGGUCCCGGCUCCGCCGUGCGGGUCCCAGCGCUGCCGUGCGGGCCCCGGCUCCGCGCGGGGCCAUGA